AUGACGCAAACCACCCCCAAGACAAUGCGCGCGGCGGUCGUCCACAAGCCCGGUGGACCUAGUGCCCUCAUCCUCGAGGACCGUCCCAUCCCCACCCCCGAUAAAGGCUGGGUCCUAAUCCGCGUCAAAGCAUUCGGCCUCAACCGAUCCGAAAUGUUCACCCGCAAAGGCGCCUCCCCCGGAGUAGCGUUCCCCCGCAUUCUCGGCAUUGAAGCCACUGGCAUCGUCGCCGCUGCGCCAGGAGGAGAGUUCAAGGAAGGUGACAUUGUCGCCACCAUUGUUGGGGGAAUGGGGCGAAAUUUCGAUGGCGGCUAUGCGGAAUACACAUGUGUGUCUGCGAAGCAGGUUCAGGUGGUGGAUGCGGAUGGAAUCGGCUGGGACAUCUUGGGCGCGGUGCCGGAAAUGGUGCAUACAGCAUGGGGAGCACUAUUCUCGUCGUUGCUGUUGAAGAAAGGGGAGAAGUUGCUGGUGAGAGGGGGAUCGUCGUCUGUGGGCAUGGCCGCCGCGGCCAUUGGGAAGCACCAUGGCGCUUUUGUCGUCUCGACCACUCGUAAUGAGAGCAGAGCAGAUCUGCUUCUUCGGAGUGGCGCGGAUGACGUCCUUGUCGACAGCGGAACCAUCGCAGAAGAGGCGCGGAAGCGGUUCCCCGAGGGAUUCGACAAGGUGCUCGAGCUCGUGGGCGUGGCGACGCUGGCGGACUCGCUGAAGGCCACGAAGAAGAACGGUAUCGUGUGCUCGUGCGGUAUCUUAGGGGAUAAAUGGGUGCUUCCCGAGCUCGAUCCGAAUUUCCUCAUUCCAAGUGGGGUGUUUUUGACGACUUUUGCGAGCUUUGCGGAUCCUUUCAGCGCAGGGCCGAUAAAUACCGUGGCACGCGCGAUCAAGGAUGGCAGUAUGCAGAUUCCUAUCAAGACGUUCAAGCUUGAUGAGAUCGUUCAGGCGCACACGGAGAUGGAUGAGAGCACUGCGGCUGCGAAGAUUGUCAUCCUGACGGACUAG